AUGGAGCCGUACGGAAAGCUGGAUUUAAGCGUCUUCACUUACUUCUCCUUAUCCUGCUCUGAGAUUUUGGAGUUCUCUGACAGAAAUCUCUCCCCUCCCCCACUCAUGCAGCGCGGGGGGCGCGGAGAGCGCGGGGCGAGGCUGUGCCGCGUGCAGAGCCCGCCCGUGGCUGCGAUUGGGCGGCGGUGGCGUCAGUCGAGGGUGCGGCGCGCUGAUUGGCGGGAGCGGGGCGGAGGCGGGCCCCGGCGGCGGGCCUCGGGCGGCGGUGGCGCAGCAGCGGCGGCAUUGGCGGAGCGCGUGUGCGGGCCCGGGAGCGGCGGCAGCGGCCGGAGCCCGGGGAGGCGGCGGCGGAGCUCGGAGGCGGCCCCGGCGCAGGAGUUUUCAUUCCCACGGCGUGGCUGGAUGGAGGAGGAGGAAAAGCCCUGGAGAUCCUGCACGAGGAGGGGCUGCAAACCCAGCCCAGGGAGCUGCAGGGAGGAAAGAGCCCCCCUGAGCCAGGAAGGCGGCCAGAGAUCCAGGCAGAGCUCAGAGCUGGUGGAGAAGCCUCAUGGCAGGGAGAAGCCCCACGAGUGUUUGGAAUGUGGGAAGGGUUUCAGCCAGCGCUUUGACCUGAUCCAGCACCAGGUGGUCCACACUGGGGAACGGCCCUACGAGUGUGAGGAGUGUGGGAAGAGCUUCAGCCACAGCUCCAGCCUGAUCCGGCACCAGAGGAUCCAUUGUGGAGAAAAGCCCUUUGAGUGUGGGAAAUGUGGGAAGAGCUUCAGCCAGAUCUCCUGCCUAUUCCAGCACCAGGUGAUCCACACAGGGGAACGGCCCUACACCUGCUUGGAAUGUGGGAAAAGCUUUGGAUGGAGCUCCACCCUGAGAGGACACCAGCGCAUCCACUCUGGGGAGAGGCCCUACGAGUGUCCCCAGUGUGGGAAGAGGUUUCAAAGCACCUCCAAUCUCCUCAAACAUGAGCGGAUUCACACAGAGGAGAGGCCCUUCCGCUGCCCCGACUGUGGGAAGGGCUUCAAGCACAACUCCCACCUCAUCAUCCACCGACGCAUCCACACCGGGGAGAGGCCCUACGAGUGUGGGGAGUGUGGGAAGAGCUUCUCCACGAGCGCUAACUUGACCAGACACCAACGGAGGCGCCACUAAGGGAAGCCCUGUGAGUGCCCUGAGUGCGGGAAGAGCUUCGUGCACUGCUCCAGCUCCAUCCCCCAUGGGAGGAUCCACGUUGGAUGAUCCCCAGUGACCCCCGUUGGGCAGAGCCCUGGUGACCCCUUAUGGGGAAUAAAACAGAGUAAAACAAUGGAGCUGAUACAGGGGCCUGAUAUCUGAGGCCUGAUGGAGCAGAAACUGUGGGAGAGACAGACACAGAUAAAGGGUCCUUGGGCAAGAAGUGACCAAGAAACAUGUGAGACUUUGUGAUAAGAUGAUGUUAUCAGGUGAUGUGAUGUCUUGAAGAAUGUGUAACCAAUGGGAAAUUGUUACCAAAAAUGGAGCCCUAUAUAAGCACCAUACAAGUCAAACUCCUUUUAUACUCAGUAAAAUUGGCUUCUGAUGUAAACUCAGAUGUCCCCAUCUCUCCAUGGUCAAUAACCCCUGUUCUGGGUGAUCCCCGUUGGGUGGGGGGACGGUGUUGGAGAGAUUUCUUUCCCUUCUCCUUGUGCUGCUGUGAUUUGGUUGGUAAUAAAUUCACUCCCUGUGCCCAG